CUCCCUCCUCUCCCUCGUUCACGAGCCUGAGGAUGAGUAAUCCAACAAGGGAGGGAGCGAGAGAGCUGGAGAGCUAAUGGCAGAGGGAGGGAGGGAGGACCAACGCAUCAUCAGCAUCAUCAUCAGUAAACGUGCAGAACGAGAGAGAAAGAAAAUUCAAAACCUCUCAGCUCCUCUUUCCCUGCAGAGCUCAGUCACACCGGAGCCGGCUAAGUCCUGGACUGUCGCACGCUGAGAGCACGAGAAGAAGAAAUAAGGUGCCUCUGGAUCUGGCUAAUCACUGGAGUGAUUUAUAUUCCCGGACUGUCCACUUGCAUGUGGCUCGUCUCUGGAGGAGCUGGAGGCAUCGUGGCUUGUUUCACUGGAUGAUACCGGACUAAUUCAUGAUUAGGAGGUUCACUGGCUCGUCUUUUGGACUGGGGGGACAGACUACUUCCUAAACAGGGUCCAUCCUAAUGAACCAGCUACUUCAAACCAUCAGUGCCACUCCUCCACAUGUGGUGCUUCAGAGGCUGGGAUCUGGCUAGUAUCUGGACUCCGUGAUCCGUACCAGCCCUACACAUCCCAGAAACCGGUCUAUCUGUCUGCACACAGCCUCCUCCUGGGACCAGGUUAAUCUCUGGAUCAGCGUGUCUGGCAUGUUCUGCUUCUGCCUGCAGAGUUCCCUGCUGAAGCUCCAGGCGCUGGAGGUGGAGGGGGGCCACCCGCUGGGUCUGUCCCCAGAGGAGAGCCCCCCUGCCCUGGGCAGCAAGGAGCAGAAGGGGCCCUGUGGCCCCGUGGAGCUCGGAGGGAAGGAGGGGAAGACGCUGGCUCUCUGCCACAGCGUCCCCACGGACGAAAACAGCCCGCCAGAGCUGCUGAGAGUCCUGACCAGACCUCCGCAGUCUCCCAGACACCAGCUGUUAACCACCAUCCACCCUGCUCAGCAGCCCCUGCCUCCCGAUGCAGAGCUGCCCCCCAGCCCUCACCACUCCCCCUACUCCCCACCGAGGAGCAACCCCGGAGGUGAGGGAGGAGGGGGAGGUGGAGCUCUCCUCCAGCUGCUGGCGGGCGGUCCCAGCCCUCUGCCCUCCCCCCGCUGCUCCAGCCACAGCCUGAGGUUCAACUCCGACCCCGACACGGCACCGUCACCGCCCUGCAGCCAGCAGUACAUAGUGUGUCGAGGUCGGGACAGGUCGGAGGGAUCGGAGGACGAGUGUCUCUCCUCCGUCCCGUUCCUCAGCCGACAGAUUCAGACCCUGAAGAAGAAGGUUCGCAGGUUUGAGGAUCAGUUUGAACAGGAGAUGAAAUACAAGCCGUCCCACAACGAUAAAUACUCGAACCCCGAGAUGGUCGGAGUGAUGAGUGAACUGGCGAAGGCUCGCAAACAGCUCAAAGAGCUGAGACUUAGACAGUCGGUGUUUGAGUUGAAGGAGCAGGACGGGCCUGAAAACAUCUGCAGGCACGGCUCCGGCCAGCAGGGGGCGGCAGAGCACAAACCCACGCUAGAGGAAACGGUGGAGUCUCUGUUCAGGCGGCUGAGAGAGAAGAGACAAGCUCUGGGCCUGCCAGACAACAUGAAGGAGAUGACUCAGGCUCAGAUGGUGUUGGAGAAGAUCACUCUGCAGAAAUGUCUGCUCUACUUUGAGAGUCUGCACGGCCGGCCGGGAACAAAACAGGAGAAGAACCUGGUGAAGCCUCUGUACGACCGAUACCAGAUGAUCAAACGUUUACUGUGUGCCAGCCCGACCAUCACUACCAUAGAGGAAGAGGACGGUUCUGAUGAAGACUCAAUGAGCUCCAUGACAGUUGAUGAACCUCCAGUCACGCCUCCUCGCUGUGCCACACGCCCAGCUGUCUGCGAGGAGGACAGCGACCGGGACAGCGACCCCGCCUUCGUGUCGCCGUUAGACGAGGUGAAAGCCGUCCAUCAGCCGCCAGCUCUCACCAUGGCCGGCCUGCACGAAGCCUCCAGGUCUGUAUGUGGGCUCUAA